AUGGCGGAUGCUUUGAAGGCCGAAGGCAACAAGGCCUUUGCUGCAAAGAAUUUCGAAGAAGCAGUCGACAAGUUCUCACAAGCAAUUGAACUCGACCCAACAAACCACGUCCUCUACUCCAAUCGCUCCGGCGCAUAUGCUUCUCUAAAGAAAUACGACGAUGCUCUGAAAGAUGCCACGAAAACUACCGAGAUCAAGCCUGACUGGUCAAAAGGCUGGGGCCGCAAGGGGACCGCUCUCCACGGCCAGGGAGACCUGCUUGGAGCGAUGGAUGCCUUUGACGAAGCUCUGAAACUAGAUCCCGCGAAUGCCCAAGCAAAGUCAGGAAAGGAUGCUGUCCAACGUGCCGUGGAUGCCGAGGCUGAGGCGGACGGCAUGCCUGGCUUUGGCGGUCCCGGUGGUGGCAUGGGAGGCAUGUUCAGUGACCCACAGAUGCUAGCCAAGCUGGCAGCGAAUCCGAAAACUGCUCCGCUGCUGGCUGACAGAGAAUUCAUGGGCAAACUGCAGAAGCUGGCCAAGAAUCCGAAUGACCUAGGACAGGAGCUGGGUGAUCCUAGAUUCCUUCAGGUGAUGAGCGUGCUCUUGGGCGUGGACAUGCAGUUCGGAGAUCCAUCCUCGAUGGGUGGAGACGCUGCGAAAAAGGGCGAGGUCGAGGAGGAUGUUCCCAUGCCAGAUGCACGGCCAACAUCACAGCCAGCGAAAGCUAAAGAGCCCUCGCCGGAGCCCGAACCAGAACCAGAGGACGAGGAAGCUGUCGCAGCGAAAAAGGCAAAGGAAGAUGCAGACAAGGAAAAAUCACUCGGCACAGCAGCAUACAAGAAACGUCAAUUCGACGAGGCAAUUUCGCACUACGAAAAAGCGUGGGAGCUGCACAAAGACAUCACAUACCUGACCAACCUAGGCGCUGCCAAGUUCGAGAAAGGCGACUACGAAGGCUGUAUCGAGGCUUGCCAGAAGGCUGUCGAGGAAGGCAAGCAAGUCUUUGCUGACUUCAAGCUCAUCGCCAAGGCAUACGGCCGCAUCGGUACCGCUUACGAAAAGAUGGGCGACCUUGCCAAUGCCGUCGAAUUUUACCAGCGAUCCAUGACCGAACACCGCACACCUGACGUUCUCGACAAACUCAAGAAAGCCGAAAAGGCCAAAACCCUGAAGGAGAAGAACGCCUACCUCGACCCCGAGAAAGCAGAAGAAGCCCGAAUUCUAGGUGGCGAGAAGUGGAAAGCAGCAGACUGGCCCGGUGCCGUCGAGGCGUAUACCGAGAUGACCAAGCGUGCGCCUGACGACCCAAGAGGCUAUUCAAACCGUGCUGCUGCCAUGAUCAAACUCCUUGCCUUCCCAAGCGCCAUCCAAGACUGCGACGAGGCCAUCAAGCGCGACCCCAAGAUGACGAAGGCGUACCUACGGAAAGCACAAGCUCUGUUUGGCAUGAAAGAGUACAAUCGAUGUCUGGAUGCAUGCACAGAAGCGUUGGAGCAUGACGAGAACGGCGCUAACAAUCGUGAAAUCGAGGCUCAGCAACAGAAAGCACUGGAAGCGAUGUACACAGCAAGAGCUGGCGAGACGGAGGAGGAGACCGCUGCUCGCAUUCAGCGAGAUCCGGAGAUCAUGAGCGUUCUGCAAGACCCGGUCAUGCAAUCCAUCCUUCAGCAAGCCAAGAACGAUCCCGCUGCUCUCAACGAGCACAUGCGCAAUCCGGGUGUACGAAGCAAGAUCCAGAAGCUGGUUGCUGCAGGCGUCAUCCGUAUGGGGAGUCGAUAA